AUGGUAAAUAUUCAGUUUGAAACCCCAGUUAACUAUUCAAAUACUAAUUAUUCCGUUAAGGAUAUGAUAAAGUUAUUUGAGAUUAAAUCAUGUGAUUUCAAUAAUACUAUUUCAACUGUAAAUAGUGACUCAUUAUGCUAUGAAAAAAAUUUCAAGAAACUCGAAAAACAAAAAUCAAACCAACAAAGUAUUGGCACUAACCUAAAAAACGUUCCAAAUACUACAGAAAGCACUGUAUUUUUUAUAGACCAAGAUUAUUACGAAAUCUUUAAUCCUGUAUAUCCACCAAUUAAUGACAUUUUUGGACAGAAAAACAAGAAAAAUACAAAAAAAAGUUUCAAAAACAAUAUUAAAAGCAACACACUCAAUAAUUUCAAUCAAAACAAAUACAACAACUACAUGAUAAACAAUUAUUUCAAUUGUCUUUGGCAAAUUGGAGACGAAUUUUCCGAGAUUCAUUGCUUUCCUUUACUUUAA